AUGAUCUCAAAAUUGUUUGGAAGAGGAAAGUUCUUUCGAAACGUGGCUCUUCAAGUCAGAUUUAACAGUUCUGAAGCCGUCGAAUUUCGACCAUUGCACUCAUCGCUAAUAUCAAGAGCAGAGCUGUAUGUCAAUGAAUUGCGAGAGUUAGAGGACCUGUUGUCGCAGGGUGGAUCCUUCGAUCUUGAGAAACAGAAGAAUUUUGCCAAACUAUCUACGAUUGUGGAUUCGUAUUCCAAAUACAGAGAAGAAGUCAAUCAGUAUAAAGAACUACAGGAGAUACUGGAAUUAGAUCCAUCAUUACGAGAAGAAGCCGAAGCAGACAUAGCAGCACUACUCCCAGAUUUGAACAAGACAGGGGACUCUUUAUUGAAUAAACUCCUACCGCCUCAUCCUUUUGCAGAUAAACCCAGUAUAUUAGAACUAAGGCCUGGUGUCGGUGGUUCUGAAGCUAUGAUAUUCACUCAAGAUCUGUUGAACAUGUACAUUAACUAUGCAAAUUAUCAUAAAUGGAAAUGGAACCUAAUAUCAAAAACUGAGAACGCAAGCGGUAGCGGAGUCCUGGAAGCAAUCUUGAAUAUAGAUGAACCAGGUUCUUAUGAUAAAUUGAAAUUCGAAGCCGGAGUUCAUCGUGUUCAAAGAGUGCCUGCCACAGAAUCAAAGGGAAGAACUCAUACUUCCACUGCGGCCGUCAUUGUGCUACCCAAAAUGGGUGAAGAAAGUGAAUCUGAUGCAUACGAGAGGACUUUCAAGCCAGAUGAGAUUCGUAUCGAUGUCAUGAGAGCCAGUGGUAAAGGUGGGCAGCAUGUCAACACUACAGAUUCUGCUGUCAGGUUGACACAUUAUCCAUCAGGCAUUGUGAUUUCAAUGCAGGAAGAAAGGUCUCAACACAGAAACAAAGCCAAAGCCUUUGCUAUCCUACGAGCAAGGUUGGCCGAAAAGGAAAGGCUUGAGAAAGAGGAGAAAGAGAGGAAUGCAAGGAAAGAUCAAGUUUCCACGACAGACAGAUCUGACAAGAUCAGAACUUAUAAUUACCCACAGAAUAGAAUCACGGACCAUAGAUGUGGCUUCACACUAUAUGAUAUCGAGGGGGUCAUGAAGGGUGAGAGGCUAGAUGAUGUAAUUGAUGCUAUGGACGCGUUUAGUUCUGAGCAGAAGGCUAAGCAAUUACUUCAGGACAUGUCAGCUUGA